AAUCUAAAUUAAAAUUAAUUAAUUAAUUAAUUAAUUAAUUAAUUAAUUAAUUAAUUAAUUAAUUAUGCCUGUCUCGUGGUACAGUCGUCAACUCGUACGACUUUACAACAUGCUCGUCAUGGGUUCAAGCCCCAAAUAGACCGUGCCGCCAUACGUAGGACUGACUAUCCUGCUAUGGGGGUUUAUCCAAAAGUCACUGAAAGCCAACACGACAAGUGGUACAGACAGGCCUUGACCGACAACGGUUGUAGAGUCAAAAGAAAAAAAAAUAGUUCGAUCUGGACCAGCCAUAUGGUAAACGUUUAAUAAAUAAUAUCAAAUUUAACAAACCCUGUUUUCCAUACAAACGCAUGCUUUUAAAUUGAACUGUCAACCAAGUAUCAAGUGUUCAAUUUAAAAGCAUGCCAACUAAUAAGCGUUCAACUACAGUCAGAAUUCAAUAGUUUGUAUCAGAAUACCGGUUUUUUUUUAAUUUCACAAAAAUCUUAUGGCCUGCCGAGAAAAUUUUUUCAUUUUUUCAUUUUUCAUUCAUUUUUUUGUAUGAAAAAACGUGCCAACUAAAAAGCACAUACUCAAUAGUUAGCAUGGAAUCGAAGUUCAACCAAUGAGUUCAGAUUGUUCUGUUAUUUUGUUCUUUUGAUCAAAUAGCCAUUGCCCAAGAGAAAUGUAAUAAUAAUUUUCUUUACCUGUGUAUCUGGCCUGCAUAAUUGUGUUGCUUAAAAAUCAAAAUAUUACCCUGGUUUAUACAAGGAUUCAAUGGGUAAAUAUCUAAACAUUACACCUGCUAGUGUUUAUCCUGUUACAUAAGUAGCUUAAAAUAAAGGUACUAAAUAGUCCGUUACAUAAGAAAAUAGAAAAUCCUACCUCUUUUCUGGCUUAUAAAAACCCGCGCAAUUUAUGUUUGUGUCAAUACGAUUCGGGCAGUCGUUUCACUCGGUGUUGUUAUGCGUGCUCUGUACAGUUAUAAAUUUUGUGCAAUACUGUUAUAAUACAAGUGCAGAAUAAUACAAGUGUAUAUUUUAAAUAUUCAACGUGCCGUGAAUUUCACUCAAUCACGACAAUGUCGGCCAAAGACAAACGCAAGUCAGGAUCCAUGUAUAGAUCCAUAGAAGCCAAUAAUAAAAAGCUUGAUGCUGAAUUGUUUGGAGAGAGUAGUGAAGCUGGGCCAAGUAAUAUUCAGACAGCUACGUCAAAUGUAGAGUUCAGUGAACACCCGAAUUGUGAGAACCAUCCUUGUCCAUUUGAUGAAUACAUCUUGCAAGAAGAAUACGUCAGUGAUUGGGUUACUAUCGAUGCAUUCGACGAUACGGAAGUAUAUGAAGAGGUCAACGAAGAUUACGAUGAAGCCGAGGAAACUAUGCACAGCACACAAGAGUCUCAACACGAGGAGGAACCAUUUGAUGAGCUUAUUCGAAAUUGGGCAUUAAAAACAUACCAAACACAUCAAGCUCUAAAUGGACUAUUAGAAAUUUUACGUAAAAAAACUAACUACCAGCUGCCGAAAGAUGCGCGCACGUUGCUUAAGACAAGGCAAUGUGGAAAAGAAACGUACCCUAUAGCAGGGGGAGAAUUUUGGUUCCCUGGGGUACGAUCGGUUCUCAAGGAUCACUUUCGCGAUGUGCCACCAAGAGUCAGCAAAUUUUCGUUGAACUUUUCGAUUGAUGGACUUCCACUGCACAAGAGCACUCGAAAACAGUUUUGGCCCAUAUCAAUGAGCAUUCAAGAAAUGCUGGAAGUUCCAGUAUUGAUGGUUGGCAACUUUUUUAGUGAAUCGAAACCAAAGAGUGUUGAGGAAUAUCUGCGUCCGCUUGUCGACGAGCUAAAUGGGUUGAUGGAUAAUGGCAUUGUAAUAGCCAAUAAGCCAAUCGAAAUACACGUAAGAGCUUUCAUCGCGGACUCACCAGCACGAGCAUUCAUAAAAGUUUACUUCAACCACACACAUGGUUGCCAAAAAUGUACGGUACAAGGAAAAUAUCACAGCGCACACCGAGUUACAUGUUUCCCGGGAAUGGAUCAUCCAGCAAGAACGCAUGAAGAUUUCGUCCAAUCAAAUUACGGAGCACAUCAUCGGGAAAAAACGCCUCUCAUGGAUCUUAAGAACUUUGACAUCAUAAAGCAGAUUAUUAUAGCAGAUCGUUUGCACCUCUUUGACUACGGCGUAACAAGAACAAUGCUGAAAGGAUGGAAAUCAGGCAAAUUAGGAGGGGGUGCCAAGUGGUCUGAAGAAACAAUAAGCAAGAUUGAUGCUUUGCUGAAGGAGGUGGAACUUCCUUUAGAGUUUCAUCGCAAACUCCGUUCUGUUGAAGACAUUGGAUUGUGGAAAGCUAGUGAGUUCCAAAUGUUUCUGCAUUAUCUUCUUAUCCCUUUGAAAGUAAGCUCCAGCAUGUCAAGAACUGUCUUCGAAACGGUCAUAAGGUUUUGGUGCAGGCUGCAAAUAGGAUAUCGGAGCAAAACCCACAUACUGCGUCAUCAAGUACAGCAAAUCUCUCUUUUCCAUUUUUGAAAACCAAAACUAAUGGAGUAGCAUUGCACAUUAAUCGACA